CUGCAAUUUGCCAACCAACCGCCGUCCGUCGUCGUCGGCGCUCCUCUCACGGCACUUUAUUGUGGUUAAUGCUCGCCAUGGCGCCCCUCGACAGCUCCUCCAUUCAGCCAGUUGAAAAUAAUUUCGAACUAUUGUGUUCGUUGAAAUGCAACAAUUUGAUACCAGUGAGUAAAUACCGUUCACCACGCACUGGGUUGACCGUGGUCAUUGCCAGCGUCGAGGGACCCGUCGUGAAGGGCUACUUCACCGUAGCUACGGAGGCACCUGACGACGAUGGGUUGCCCCACACUUUGGAACAUCUCAUUUUCCUGGGCAGUGAACAAUACCCCUAUAAAGGUGUUCUUGAUCUCUUGGCUAAUCGCUGCCUUGCAUCUGGGACCAAUGCCUGGACAGAUACUGAUCACACUUGCUAUACCAUGAUGACGGCAGGAAGCGAAGGUUUCCUAACACUAAUGCCAAUUUAUGUUGACCAUAUACUGUAUCCCCUUCUUAAUGACUCUGGCUUUGUCACUGAAGUUCACCAUAUUACGGGAAAGGGUGAAGAUGCCGGUGUUGUCUAUUGUGAAAUGCAAGGUAGAGAAAAUUCUGGAGAGUCUCUUACUUAUAUUGAAAUGAAAAGAGCCAUGUAUCCAGAGCCAUGCAACUACAGAUAUGAAGAAGGAGGUGUUAUGAAGAAUUUACGUGAGAGUUGUAGUAACACAAAGGUUCGAAACUAUCACAAGAAGUAUUAUCGUCCCGAGAAUCUCACCCUCAUCAUUGCCGGUCAAGUGAAACCAGAAGAUGUUUUUGCUGCCCUUGCUCCCAUUGAAAGCAAAAUUGUGUCAAAAGGAGACCUUGGUCCAUUUGAGAAGCCUUGGCAGAGCCUUGUCCCAGAGUUUACUGCAUCUGUUGACAAGGAAGUUCCUUAUCCAUGUGAUGAGGAAGAUAAUGGCAUGGUGUUUGUUGGAUGGAGAGGUCCUUGCGCUGUGACUGAUUUAUCUGGAAUAACAGCGUGCUGUCUUCUUCUUAAGUACCUUUGUGGUACUUCAGCAAGCCCUUUGCUACAAGAAUUUGUUGAAAACGAUGACCCCUGUGCCAGCGAUGUUUCAUUUUCUUUGGCGGAGAAUAAGGAGGCUAUGAUAUACAUGAUCUUUUCCAAUGUUCCGGUCGACAAAUUGAACUCCAUCAAAUCUAAGUUGGAUACGAGGUUAAAAAAAUUUGUGAAUGGCGAGGAACAUAUUGAAAUGAGCAGAAUGCAAACUGUCAUUAAUAGACAUCGCCAGGAGACUUUAAGUCAUUUGGAAACUAAUCCUCAUGAUGCAGUUGCUUUCAUGGUUAUUGCUGACAUGCUUUAUGGCACUAGCAAAGAAGAUUUGCACCAACGUUUAAAUAUUCUUGAAAUAUUAGAUAAGCUAGUUGUUGAAGAAGAAAGCUACUGGAUAAACCUUUUAAACAAGUAUCUUGUGGAAAACAAGAGUGCAACAAUUAGGGGCCGCCCAAGUCAGGCUGAGCGGCAACGACUGUCUGAUGAUGAAGAGAAAAGAAUUGAAAAGCAGAGAAAGGAUCUUGGGCCAGAUGGCUUGAAGAAGUAUGAGAAGGAGUUAGAAGAUGCCAUUGCCCACAAUGAGCUUCCACCACCUGAAGCAAUGUUACGUAGUGUGGCUAUUCCUGAUGCUUCUUCAAUCAAUUUCCAUCCCAUUGAACGUUUUUCAAGUGACUCUCCUCAGCAACACAGUAACCUGCCCCUUGACAAAGUUCCUGUCUUUACACAUGUUGAUCAUGUGCACACAAAUUUUGUCUAUUUAUAUCUUCUAAUGGACACAGCAAGUCUUGAUCCUGAGUUACGACCAUACCUCUCACUUCUCAUUGAAGCUUUGAUGGAACUCCCCAUUAAUGAGAAUGGGAAGGUUACAACUUAUGAAGAUGUAGUUGCGGAGCUGGAGAGAGAUACAGUGUCUUCAAGUUCAGCCAUUGGAGUGUCUGGUGGAUCUCGUUUUAUCUGUGGAUCAUUCAGCUCCACAGCAUUUCUAUCUAUUCAGUGUGAGCCAGCCAAGUUUAAGAAGGGCAUUCAAUGGAUGAACAAGCUUCUUUUCAAGACAGUUCUGGAUGCUGACCGUAUCAAAACAAUUGCAACAAAGCUAGUUAAUGAUGUUGCACGCUUAAAGCGGAAUGGUUCUAAAAUCGUAUCUGCUCUCAUGAAAGGAAUUCGUUUUGAAAAAGAAAGUAAUCAUUAUUCCUCAAGUGUUCUCAGACAGCAGAAGUUCUUAACAUCCUUAAUUGAGAAAUUGGGCAAUCCUGAAGAAUCUAAAAAGAUUGUGGCAAAUCUUGAAAAAGUGCGGCAAAUAAUCACUUUGCCAAGUAAUAUAGUAUUACAUGUUGCUGCAAAUCUAGAAGAAUUGCCAUCUCAUGUGAAACCUGAUAGCCUUGUUGACAUCUUGUCUGGACUUCUUCCAAGUGAUGUCACACCUAUUACCAAGAAGCUGAAUGUUACACCUGACUGGAAAUUGGUGUCCUCCAACUCACCAAAUCCAAGCUGUGCUGUUGGAAUGGGAUGUAUCGAGUCAGCAUUUUUGAUCCAGAGCAUACCUUGUAUCAAUAGUCCAUUAGAUGAAGAUCUGGCUCCACUCCUGGUUUACCUGCAAUACCUGUCUCAGCUGGAGGGGCCAAUGUGGAAGCAAAUCAGAGGACAGGGGCUUUCAUACAGCUACAGUGUCUUUCCUAGCACUCAUGAAGGUUUGCUCUACCUUGUACUGUACAGAGCAACAAAUGUUGUUGCUGCCUACAAGGAAGCCCGUAGCAUCUUGGAAGGACAUUUGAAGGAUGCUAGCACCUUUGAGGGAACUCUUCUUGAAUCGGCUAGGAGUUCCCUGAUUUUUGAAAUCAUCCAUCAAGAACGUAGUGUUGGGCAAUUAGUUGGGCAGUCAAUAUUGUGGUACUUCAAGGGUGUAGACCAAUACUACAAUAGUAAGCUUGUAAAGCAGAUUGCCUCAGUUACUGCUGAAGACAUGGCUCGAGUUGCUCCCAAGUAUAUUCCACCUCUCUUCAAGUCUGAAGACAGUCGCCUAUCGGUGGUUGUUCAUACCUCUAAAGCUUCUGAAGUUGCAUCAGAAUUCAAGGAGUUGGGUGUAAACACUGAGGUUUAUCCGUCAUUAGAGGAAAGCUUCUUAUCACAAUGGUAAUCUUUAAUGAGUACCCAUGCAUGGAUAUAUUCUAAUAAUCCCAGUGAAAACGCAGUGCUAAUUUGAAAAUAAUGUCAAUUUUAAAUACGUACAAUUAAUUUCAAAACAAUCAACUUAACAAAUGUAUUUUUUAAAGACAAUUAGUCAUGUAUAUUAUAUUGUGUACAGCAUACUCAUCCUUUACCCAGCAUGAAAUGAAGCUCGGGUUUUAGUUUCUUUCAUACUUUAUUUUUAAAAUCCCACCGUUUGAAAAGUUAUAAUGGUAAUAGUUUUGUAUAAAAAUUAAUAAGAAUUGAUACAAAAUCA